GCGAAACACCAGUUUCUUCUCUUUCUUUGGAGCUUUUCUCUUUCUCCAGACGCGUCUUUCGAAAGAGCGAAAUUUAAUUUUCCUUCCAAAAUAUAAAAAAAAAAGUUAAAUAGACUGGGAAAAAAAGAAGAAGAAUGACGUGUGAGUUUUUCAUUGGCUGUUAGGCAGAGAGAAAACGCAGAGCUUGUUCGUUCAUGCGUGAGGGGAAAAACAAACACGAACGAGAAAGUUGUGUGUGGUGAAGGGCAAAAUCCUUUAUUUUUUACAGACUUCUAGAAGCAAACGAAGAAGUAGAAAGAAUCGUUUUCAAACCAAACAAUAGUUAUUGCUUAUGGGGGUUUUUUUUUUUUUACAUAUCGAUUCAAUGUUGACAGAAAACGUCUUCUCUUGACUCAUUUCUCUUUUCCUUUUCACAGUAUUUGAAAAAGAGAAGAAUUUUUCUGGGUAACCCAAAGUACCCAGAAUCGGAAUUCACCUCUGUUAUUUCUAAUUUUAGCAAAAAGAACAGAUUUUUAUUACUGGGUUUUAAAGAAGUUGGGAUUUUUGAUUUUCAUUUUCUUCUGGGUAUUGUAAGAGAGAAGCAAAAAGUAUCGAAUUUUUAAGGAGGAUGAUUGCAUGGUUUGUUUUAUCAGCUCUUCAGUUAGCAGAGCUAUCAGUGAGCUCCGUUGUUCAUAUGCUCUACGGGUUUUACAUCUUCAGCUCCGCCGUCGCCGGAGAUCUCACUCAGACGUUGAGCGAAUCAAUCCUAAAGCCCAAACCCACCGUUGAAGUCAAACGAAUUGACCAAGCAGAGACUACAGACGUCAAUGAUCUGCCUCCCAUUGUUUUAGUCCAUGGAAUUUUCGGAUUUGGCAAAGGAAGAUUAGGUGGUUUAUCAUACUUUGCUGGGGCAGAGAAGAAGGACGAGAGAGUUUUGGUGCCUGAUUUGGGAUCCUUGACGAGUGUACACGAUAGGGCUAGAGAAUUGUUUUAUUACUUGAAAGGUGGACGAGUGGAUUAUGGAGAAGAUCAUAGCAAAGCUUGUGGUCACUCUCAGUUUGGUCGUUUUUAUGAAAAAGGGGAGUACCCAGAGUGGGAUGAAGAUCAUCCUAUUCACUUUGUUGGUCACUCUGCUGGUGCUCAAGUUGUUCGUGUGAUGCAGCAAAUGCUCGCUGACAAGAUGUUUGAUGGUUACGAGGACACGAACGAGAACUGGGUUUUGAGUUUAACAUCCUUGUCAGGAGCAUUAAACGGGACUACUCGAACUUACCUCGAUGGAAUACAGCCAGAGGACGGGAAGUCUCUGAAACCCAUAUCUCUCCUUCAGGUUUGUAAACUUGGAGUCAUAAUGUACGACUGGCUCGACAUUGCUUGGCUCAAAUCCUAUUACAACUUUGGGUUUGACCAUUUCAACAUCUCGUGGAGGAAGACGGGUCUACGCGGCCUAGUCGACUGUCUUGUCGGAAACGCAGGCCCUUUUGCAUCGUCUGCAGAUUGGAUCUUGCCUGACCUAUCGAUCCAAGGCUCGAUGAAGCUCAACGCUCGUCUCAAGACUUUCCCGAACACGUUCUACUUCAGCUACGCGACUAAGCGUACUACAAAGCCUCUCGGGAUGAUGACUGUUCCUUCGGGUGUGACGGGGAUACAUCCUCUGCUCUUCAUCCGCGUGUUGCAGAUGAGCCAGUGGCGUUUCCCUCGUGAGGUCCCUCUGCCUUAUAAGGGUUACAGAGAUGAAGAUUGGCAGGACAAUGAUGGAGCAUUGAACACUAUCUCCAUGACUCACCCACGACUUCCCGUUGAACAUUGUAAUCUCAUUGUUCGUAGUGACUCAGAUUGUCUCCCGCUUCAACCAGGCAUCUGGUACUACAAGAUCGUGGAGGGGGAUCACAUCAUGUUCAUUGUGAACAGAGAGCGAGCAGGUGUGGAGUUUGAUUUGAUCUACGACAGUAUCUUUGAGCGGUGCAGGAAACAUGUAUUCAGGCAGAGCCCUCAGACAUUGCCGAACGAAGCUCAACAGGAGAGAGAGACCAAUGAGACUAGAGAGGCGGAAAUGUGAUCAUCAACAACUGCGUAUAGCUUGUAAUAGACAAUUGAUAUAUCUUUUUUAAAAAAGCUCUGUUUCGUUUGUAAGAAGCCUAACGGAGGAAGAAGCUGUUUCAUCAAUCAUCACGAUUCAUGAUCAUAAUAUUAUUUUCCACCGGAGAAACAAAUUUCAUUGUUAUUUAUUUCGUCAAUAUACAGAAAAGGAAACAGCAACACCAAAACACGACAUCUUAAGAUAAAA